UCAGUUUGCAAACGGAGGGAAAAUGGGGAAAUGCAAAGAAGAAGCAAGGUUUGGAGAUAAGCUUGCAAAGGAGGGGAAAUGAGGAAAUGCAAAGAAGAGGCAAGAGAUUUCCUGCCCCGUGGCUCUGGAAUUGUUACAAGACGACCCCUUAUCCUUCAGCUUAUUUUCUCUAAAACAGAAUAUGCAGAAUUUUUGCACUGCAAGUCGAAGAAAUUUACAGAUUUUGAUGAAGUCCGGCAAGAGAUUGAAGCAGAAACGGACAGGAUCACAGGAACAAAUAAAGGCAUUUCUCCCAUUCCCAUUAACCUGAGGGUGUAUUCACCGCAUGUAUUGAAUCUGACUUUGAUUGACCUUCCGGGUAUCACUAAGGUGCCAGUGGGUGACCAACCCCAAGACAUUGAGUACCAAAUCAAAGAUAUGAUCCUUCAAUUCAUUAGCAGAGAGAGCAGCUUGAUUCUUGCUGUGACUCCAGCCAACAUGGAUUUGGCCAACUCAGAUGCUCUCAAAAUGGCCAAAGAAGUUGACCCUCAAGGCCUACGGACAAUUGGUGUGAUAACCAAACUGGAUCUGAUGGAUGAAGGCACAGAUGCCAGAGAUGUCCUUGAGAACAAACUGCUACCUCUGCGGAGAGGCUACAUUGGAGUUGUGAAUCGGAGCCAGAAGGAUAUUGAUGGUAAAAAGGACAUCAGGGCAGCCUUGGCAGCUGAACGCAAGUUCUUCCUUUCCCAUCCUGCUUACAGACAUAUGGCAGACCGCAUGGGAACACCACACUUGCAGAAAGUCCUCAAUCAGCAAUUAACAAACCAUAUACGAGAAACACUACCGUCUCUGCGUAGCAAACUCCAGAGUCAGCUGCUGUCCCUAGAAAAAGAGGUGGAAGAAUAUAAGAAUUUUCGCCCUGAUGAUCCUACACGGAAAACCAAAGCCUUGCUGCAGAUGGUCCAGCAGUUUGCUGUGGACUUUGAGAAGAGAAUCGAAGGAUCUGGAGACCAAGUGGACACUCUUGAACUCUCAGGUGGUGCUCGAAUAAAUCGCAUCUUCCAUGAAAGAUUCCCCUUUGAGCUAGUCAAGAUGGAGUUUGAUGAGAAGGAUUUGAGACGAGAAAUCAGCUAUGCGAUCAAAAAUAUCCAUGGUGUAAGGACGGGGCUCUUCACACCUGACAUGGCUUUUGAAGCCAUAGUGAAAAAACAGAUUAUAAAGCUCAAAGAGCCCAGUUUGAAGUGUGUUGAUCUGGUGGUCUCAGAGCUGGCCAUGGUCAUUAAAAAGUGUGCAGAGAAGCUUGGUUCUUACCCCAGGCUGCGAGAAGAAACAGAAAGAAUUGUUACUACAUACAUCAGAGAACGUGAAGGGAAAACCAAGGACCAGAUUCUCCUGUUGAUAGACAUCGAGCUAUCCUACAUCAAUACCAACCAUGAGGACUUCAUCGGAUUUGCAAAUGCACAGCAAAGGAACACUCAGGCAAAUAAGAAAAGAGCAAUACCAAAUCAGGGUGAGAUACUGGUUAUCCGACGAGGUUGGCUGACCAUCAACAAUAUUAGUAUCAUGAAAGGUGGCUCCAAGGAGUACUGGUUCGUCCUGACAGCAGAGAGUUUAUCUUGGUACAAGGAUGAAGAGGAGAAAGAGAAGAAAUACAUGCUGCCUCUGGACAACCUAAAAAUCAGAGAUGUGGAGAAAGGUUUCAUGUCCAACAAGCAUGUGUUUGCCAUCUUUAACACAGAACAAAGGAAUGUGUAUAAAGACCUACGCCAGAUUGAACUUGCCUGUGACUCCCAGGAAGAUGUGGACAGCUGGAAGGCUUCCUUCCUUCGUGCUGGUGUUUACCCUGAGAAAGACCAAGCAGAGAAUGAAGAUGGGGGUCAGGAAACACCUUUCAUGGAUCCUCAACUGGAGCGACAAGUGGAAACUAUCCGAAAUCUUGUUGACCUCGUAUGUCCAGUCAUCAACAAGUCUAUCCGGGACCUUUGCCAAAGACGAUAA